GGCAGCAGUGUGUUCGGGGAAGAGAAAGAAAACUUUAAAGGGAAGAAGAAAGACCGCCGGAUGAUCAUCACGGGUGGUUUGAUUUGCAUGGGCCGGCCCACAGGGAGUCCUUUUGGGGAAGGGGUCACAGUAUCUACCGUACAUCUGCUUAUGAACAGAGGCCAAGUUCACUCUUGUUCACAAACCAUGUGACUGUCGGUUUUAACAGGCUUGAUCUCUCACCUCAGAGCAGCGGCAGCAGCAGCAGCAGCAGAAACAGCAGAUCUGUUCCUGGACCAACCUUUACACCUUAGCUUAUAUCUGAUCUCUGUGUUAUUUACACGCCUGAGAGCGUUUUCUGGACGUUUCGCGUAAAAACUUCUCAAGACAUGUUUUGGUUCAUGCAAGGACUAUGCUUCUUACCAGUGUUUUUGGUCAUCUGGUCCUCCAGCACUUUCAUUAUUUCCUACCUCAUUGCGCUUUUCAGAAAAGAUGUCGAUAUAAUCUUUCCCUACAUAAGUGAUACAGGUGCAAACCCUCCAGAGAGCUGCAUUUUCGGCCUGAUGACAUUCAUUUCUGCAUAUGCAGGAACAGCCACCAUCUAUGCCAGGUACAAGUAUGUGGAGAAGCUGAGUGAGGACACAGGAGCUGUGAGUCCAUAUCUGAAUAAAGCUUCUCUUGUAUUGGGAUUAUUGUCCUGUUUGGGCAUGUGCAUUGUGGCUACUUUCCAGGAAACACAAAUGGAAACAACAAUGGAAAAGGUUCAUCUUACAGGAGCUCUGCUGUUCUUCAUCACUGGUGUCACAUACAUCGUCCUCCAGUCUGUUAUAUCUUAUCAUGCCUAUCCAUACGGGUCGUCCCUGGGUAUAUGUCGUGCACGUGUGGGUAUCGCCACCAUUGCUGCUGUGGCGUUUUUCCCCACUGUGAUCUGUUCAUUUUUUGUGACACAAGGCAAAAUGCAUAGAGACAUAGAAGACAAGGACUAUCCCUUCCAUGUAGCCAGUGCCGUAUGUGAGUGGAUCGUUGCCUUCAGCUUUGUCUGCUUCUUCCUCACAUACAUCGACGAUUUCAAACUGUUUACUUUACGAGUGAAAACGGAGUGUGAGGCGUUGUCCUGAUCAGUCUGCAACUUGCCAGCAAAACUUGGUACAAAAAUCAAUAUUUUCAGGUUUAAAAAUGUGCCAUGUUUGUUUUUGGGGAAACUUUUGCACUAUUAUACUGCACAGCUUUUCUAAGAUUAUGUGUUUUGUAUUACCUGACUGAAUUUUUUUAAUAGAAUAGGUACCUUUUAUGUUAUUUAUACAUUUUGUACAACUGGCUGUCUGUCAGGUGGGUUAUUAUGGAAAAAGACAACUGACCACAGCCUGUAUCUUUAUACUUUUUUAUACAAUCAUAAACCAUUUUAUAAGUCCACAUAUUGCUGCCUGUGUUCAGUCAAAUGUCAUUUUGCACUUUGCCCCUGGUUGUUGACACAUCAGCGUGACACGUUGUGUUAGACCUGUGACCACCAAUAAGAGAAGUUUAUCACACAGUUGACACAUGAUUGCUGUGGUUAAAAAAGAAAACCACCCAACUACUGAUGACUUUGUCUGUGGUUACAUAUCAGUCUGAUCCGUACGGAUGUUUUCUGAGAAGUCAAACUGAUACUAUGUGAAGGUGCUAAUUAAUGAAAACCGGAAAUGUCUUAAAUGUUAAUUCAGAUGGGAUCAUUGUUCAAAUGCUACCAGUUUCUUACCAGAGGUAUUAUUUUUUUUUAGCAUUUUCCAACUGUGCCCUCUUUGGAGUAUUAUGUGACAACAUAUUAGGGAGAAAAACAUCUUAAACACUCCAGUCAAGUGUUCUGGUUCUGAAUACUGAUCCCAGUACAGUCUCUUGGUUCUACAGUGCAGCUAAUACAAUCUGUUUACAACCUUUAGACAUCUUUUUCAAUGGGAAUAUGGCCAUUUAGUUGAACAAAUUAGGCUAUGAAGGUUUGCUCAGUAAAACUGCCAAAUUUAAUAUUUUUAUUUAAUAAAAUAAACAGGGCUGUUUAGAGUAAAGCAGUUUUUUAUGUAUUUUUUCAGGCAGAUAAAUUAAGCCUUUUCUCUGAGCCUUAGAGCAAUGGCUCCCAACUUUUUUCAACUUGUAACUCCUUUAAGUCCAACUGAAAUCCCGUUUAAUCAUCCCUCUUUGGAGUCAGAAAUAAUUUCAACAUGUGUUUUUCAAAUGUAUUAUUAAUAUUUUUGUACUAUUAUACGAAGAAAGGAAGUGUCUGAUGCUUGUUUGAUUGACAUUAGCUGGCAGGCUACCAGUGCUACACCAUACAGAACGGAGAUAAAGUAAACAAACUGCUGUAGCUACAAGUCAUGUACAGACAGUGUGUCGCUCACAGGCAUUAUGAAGAACAAUGACCAAACCAGCAUUUAAAGGGUCUGAAGUGACAUUUUCAUGUAUGUUUACAGAUGAGCUGCAGCUGAGCAGCUUAUUAGCUACUUAGCCUGCUAACUGAAGUUAGCGGUGCACUUUUCCCCGGUGAAUGUUUACUUGGUGGCUCGUUCAACAAGCUGAGGUGCAGGACAAGAUCUGUA